AUGUCGACUGUUCCAAUUUUGUAUAGCGAAAGUACUUCCCCUUUACUGGUUGACUAUUUCAAGAGCGCUUUUGACUGCCCAAGUGCAAAUUAUACAGGCUGCAAGGCGGAUUCACAUUUUAUUUUCGUGGUCUAUAAAAUCUCAAAUUAUUCUGAUUUAGACGCAAUUUUUAUAAAUUCAGAUGUGGUGAUUAUUUUAGAUGCGACGGCUUCAUUAGGGACAUCUGCAAUAAUAAAUGAGUAUGCUAGAAAAAUAGGAUUUCUUCAAUGUAUAAUAGGAUAUCCUCCUGAAAAUGCUUUAUCAUAUGCGUUUUAUUCGUAUUUUUCUUUAGAUUCCUAUGCAAAAGCUGCAUUAUCUAUUGCAAAACAUUAUAGCAUUGAUAAAGCAAUUGCUAUUAUUACCAGUGAUUUUGUUGAGAUGGAUUUUAAUAAUGAUGAAAUUAAAUUAAGAGUUUUAAAGAUUUCCAGGUUUUAUACACAACGCUACCCUACUUGUCACACAGAAAUUCGCCACUGUUUGGAGCAGUAUCUCCUCUAGGAGCAUAUAUUAAAAUGGAGCAGUUAAUCAGCACAUCAUCUUAAGUUCUGCAGCCGACAUCCGAAAGGAUGCGGGAACCUUGGGGAAGGGAUGUUGGCAUUCGAUGUGUGUAUCCGGCUAAGUUUUUCUUUGGCUUGGUGAAGCGCGAUGUCGAGCUGGCCGACCGCAGUCUUUACUUCAAAGUCAAGCUUUACCUUAAAAGGGAGAUGAUCCGGAAGUUGGAAAGGGGUUUCACUGAAAUCGUCUUGUCCAAUCGGGACUAUUCCCCUGAGUAAAACUAGGAGUAGCGCCCUGAUCUAUGAAUUUCCUUUAUUAACAGAGAGUGACAAGAAAAUUCAACCCCUUUUGAUUUUUCAAUGGUGGGCAAUUCUGUUGACGUAUAUAGUGUGGUGAUCCAAACUUUCCUACUAACAGGUAGUGUAUGCAGGCCGACAUCUGGUAAACGAGUGGAGCAUUAAAAGAAGGAAAUAAGGAUCUUCGGAUCCCGAGAGGGAGCUUUUCUAUAUAACUAAGCGUAUAUAUACGGUCUCCUCUAGGAUCAGGGCUAGUGCUUUAAUGCCCAACGAGUCUCUCAGCUCCUCUGUAAGUUCGUCAUCGAGUGCUAUUGAGGUAAUAUAGCUCCAUACUUAUAACUUCUGUUAAGAGCCAUGCCCUCCGAACUAGUAUGAAGAGAACUAUAAUCUAAAAUCAUCCGAAUAAUUAAUAAUUGAUCAUGGAGCCAUCAUAGCUGACACUCAAAAUCACCACCCCACAAAAGUCAUCAUCCAACUAGCAUAGAUUAGAAUAAAAGGCCUAAAGCUUGGUUUAGCCUAUAAAGUUACUUUUGCAGCCACAGUGAUGCGCCGUCAGCAAGGAGAAAUCGGGUCGCCACUAUCAUAUUAAUUAUACAAUGAUGAAGGAAUUGAAAUUGUUAGUCAAAUAUUUAUACCCCAAGCAGCCACUUAUGAUUAUAUAUUUUGAUUAAUUUCCAAACAAAUAAAACCUUUACUCCUUUAAGUAGCCCAUUAUUUCCCUGAAAUGGAAGAAGGUUAAUUUUUAUAUAAUGUAUUGGUAAAAUUUCAUUUUGCUUUCAUAAGUGAAAUGAAAAAAAAGAGUUGACAUGCCAUUAUAUAGCAUGCUAAUUUUUUUUAUUUUAAAUAUAUUUCUCUUAUGAAAGCUAAAUAAAUUUAAACAAGGAAUUGUAGAAAAAAUAUGGUAUAGUCAGUGUCACUAACUAUAAUUAUAUUAAAUAAAAUUAUUCUGCUUUCUAAAAAAUUAAAUAAAAGGAAGGAAAACCUGAAUAAUUAUGAAUUUUUGUUUUUCAAUUGCAAGAUAAUCAUUAAUUUUAUAUAAAAAAAGUUCUUGCAUGAAAAUACCAAUUUUCUCUCUCACCAAUUGCGGGAAGUCAGGAAUUAAAUGAUUUUUUUUAAAAACAAACCCAGAAAUCUCUAAAUUAAUUCAACAAGCAUUAAUUGAGGCUGACAUGAAUAAAGAAGGCUAUACAUACAUCUAUAUACAAGAAGCAGCAUGAGGUGCCUAUUUAGAAGGUUCUAUAUUACUAGAAGCUAAAACUUGACACAGUACUGAUUUUAAGAACUACGUAUAUAACCUCAUUCAUUUUGCCGCAAAUAAUGUAUACAGCUUAUUCACGAAUAACAGAGCUCAAGGAUCCUUUUCAGGAUACAUAUUAAAUACGCUGUUAGCCAAUGUACUAAAACCUGAAGUUAUGGGGUUUACAGUCUGAAAUGUCAAAAAUGGAACUGUAAAAAAAGCUGGGAUUAUUAAUGGGGCUGGGUUUCAGCUUUAUUCAGAUUUGGUAUUUCCUGGAGGAACAUAUGACCAUCCGAAUUCUGAAAAAAUUAAAAUUCCGAUAAGCAUUAAUGGAGCAAGUUAUGAUAAUGAUGGAUUAAAUACAGUGAAUCAAGUAGGAGCUGAUUUGGCAAUUAAUACAAUAAAGGCAGAGAAUGUUUUUUUAUCAAAUUUUGAAAUUGUAGUUAACAAUGUCACUGGUUUUGAAUUUAAUGAAAAUUUUACUUAUAUAGAUGAUUUAGGGUAUUUCUAUAUUUCUGCGACUGAAAGCCAAUUGGUGCUUGAUACGAUGAAGUUUUUUAAAGAAAAUAGUAUAUUGACUCCAGUUUUAGGAGUAGAAACGUCAACUAUAAUGAGUAGUUUGGAGUAUUAUCCUCAGUAUGCGAGAGUCUCAUAUCCAAAUUCACGCACAGCAUCAGCUGCUGCUUUAAUUUUAAGUGUUUUUGGGAUUUCUAAAUCCCCUUUAAUUAGAAACAAAAUUUUGGCAAAAUUUUAGUUUUGUAGGGUAAAGUAUUUAAUUUUAUAGUGAAGAUAUUAAUUUCUAUAUAAAUAGACCUGCUUUGAUGGAUAAGUGUAAUUAAAAUCCUAUUAAAAACAUUUGGUGGUCUGAAUUGAUUAAAAUUACUAUAUAAAUUCUUAAAAAAAAUAUAUCCAUUUUUAAGAGAUAUUUAUUUUUAAAAUCAAUUUUAUAUUCAUAUUUAUCACAAAAUCCCCCUUUAGAUUUGGUAAAAUUUGUUUGCUCAAAUUUACGGGUGGAUUAAAUGUUCUGUGCUAUAUACAGACUCACAGUGAGGAGAAGAUUUUAACAAGGAAUUCGAAAACCAGAGCGACUCCUAUGAAAUAUCAAUUUUAAAUAAAAAGAGAGUAGUUCCCUUAGGAUUUAACGGAAGUGACACAAAAAUAAUCCAAGAAAUCAUUGACCUAAAAACCAGAUUUGUUAUCCUUGAAGUACACAAACCAGACAUAUUUUAUAUAAUUGAAGCAUUUUAUGACUUAGGAAUGAGAAAAGGCGACAUCUAUUUAAUUGUCGGCGAUGGAAUGAUAAGUACUUCUGAUUUGAAUGAAAAAUUAAUUGGAAAAAAUUCUUAUACCAAAAGAAAAGAAAUUAUGAGUGGGCUUAUCUACAUAAGUUUCAUAUCGUUCCAAAAUCAAUUUGGAUUUAAUUUAAAAAGCGAAUUUUUAUCUAAAUACGGUUACAUAAAUGAUUAUAUGUGCUUAUAUUAUGAUGCAGCAUAUCUUGGUCUAAAAGCCAUAAAUACAUUAAUGAACUGAGGAGUUAAUUUAAAUAGCUCUUCAAUCCAAGAUACAGUCAGAGAAAUUGCUUUUACUGGAUGCUCUGGUGUUGUACGAAUUAGCCAAGAAGGCAAUGAUAGGAUUACAACAAUUUUAGGGAUUUAUAACUUAAUAGAAAUUAAUUCAACCUGGACUAUGAAUCUUUGUGGAGAGUAUGAUCCAAGCCAGCUUAUUGUGCUUCAAAUUAAACAAUCAAUUUCUUGAAGUGAUAACGGUGGAGUUCCUAGUGAUAUAAUAGGAGAUGGCCAAGAAUGCCCAUUCAGAGACAUUCUUGUGCAAUCUUUUCGCUAUGGGUAUAUUAUUUUGAUAAUAAUCGAAAUUAUUCCAAUAAUUUUUGGAACUUUUUUUGCCAUGAAGUUUUAUAAUAUAAUUUUUAAACAAAAAUACCCAAAACUCAUUACCGCUCAAAAGGAAAAUGUUCUUGAUAUUUUUUCGUAUUUCAUGUUUUUAAUAGAAAAUUUACAAUACACUCAAAUGUGUCCGGAUUUUAAAGAUUUUUUCCCUAGGUGAUCAAAUGGUACCAAAUUAGUAUUUUUUGAUAUAAGAGGAAUUUUUAAAAAUGGGUUAUUCACUUUUUGAAAUCAAGUGCAGCUUUAUGAAGCGUUAGUAUUUGCUUGAAUUUUACUAUUUUUAAUAAAAAAUUUAAACAAUCAGAAAAAUUUUAUAUUGUCUACAGUCAAUGAAUUUAGCUUGUAUAUUAUGCCUAUCAUAGGAGAAAUUCUCUUUUUACCCAUCAAUUUGUAUUUAUUUCAAACUUUCCAGUGCACUAGUAGUAUUGGAGAUAAUUUUAAAGACAGCUUCAAUGACCAUUACUGCUCAACAUUUUGCUGGCAAGGAGAUCAUAUCAAUUAUGUAAUUAUUUCUUCACUCGCAUUAUCUGUAUAUAUAGGGAAUUCCCGAGAAUGACCUUUCAAAGGUAGGCGGUUGGAGAUGUAAACUCUUCAGUUGGUUGGACUAAUUCAGAUUGGUAAAACUAUCUGCAGGGUUUGUAGAUGACCCUCUCUCCAGUAGGUUUGAUCAACCUGAGAGCUAGUCCAACCAAUUGGAGAGUUUCCGUCUCAAAUGUCUGCUCUUGCAGGUCCAUUCUAGAUAAUUCCCUAUAUCCCUACAAGUUUAUAUUAUAGAUUUACCUGAAAAAGUGAUUUACCGUUUCACUUUCAAGAGCAUCCUUUUCAUCUAGCUCUAAAAAGCACUGUACAAAUUAUUUUUAUAAUUUUUGCUACAAUAGUAAGCCCUGCUUCUAAAAAUGCUUUCUCAGGGCUAUGCAUUGGUUUGCUGCUGAUAUAUUUAAUUAUUUCAGCAAUAACUAAACCAUUGAAUUAUGAUAGAGCUUCAUUAUGAUAUAUAAUUUUCAUAGCUUCGGCUUUACUAUUUUGGUGCUGCUGCGCAAUAUCAAAGCUUGAUGAUAAACUCACAGCUUUAAUUUUACUGGCUAUUGGACUAAUUAUAUUAACUAUGUUUGGAGCUGUUUAUCAAAAACUGAGACUCCCUUGUCUAUUAGAAGCAGAAAAAGCUAUAAAUAUUGUUGGACUUUUUAGGUUUCAACUCUCAUCAAGUAGCCCAGAAAUGGCAGGCAUUAUUAAGACGAAGCCGCUUAGAUAUGUUUACAUAGAAAAUGAUGCUCCACAAUCCAGUGAAGCAAAAACUCUGCAAUUAUUAAAAUCCACUAACUCCCCCCAUCCUUGAUCGAACGACUCGCCAUCGUUCGAUCAAGGAUGGGGGUUAAAAAAAAUGUUUUUGGGAAAAAAAAAUUUAUAUAUAAAAUAAAAAAUAUAUAUAUAUUUUUUUUUAUUUACUUUUAAAUAAGAGUGUUUAAGAGUAUUUAAUAAUUAUUUUUACAGCAAAAAAAUUGAAUUAAUUUCAUAAGAAUACCAAUUUUUAAUAUUUUGAUUUAUUAGUUACCCUUUUAAACUGCAUAAAUUUUAAUUUGCUCCUUAUUGAAUUAAAAUUUUUUUUUUUAAAUUUUAAAGAAUCUCUAUUUUUUAGAUUAUUGAGUUUUUAAGCCUAGAUUGAUGAUUAAAUCACUUCAGAUGGUUGAUUCCGCAGCUUUCUGUCGUCUCAAAGCUCUGAAAACAACUUCAUUAGGUACAUCUUUCCAAGCUUUUGAUAGCUAUAUAUUUUUAUAUAUAUAAAAAUUUGCAUGAUAUGAAAAUCGUUCGAUCAAGGAUGGGGGUUAAUUUCCCCAAUUUUUAGGAAUUUUUACAGUCAAUCGUUCGAUCAAGGAUGGGGGGGGAGUAAAAGUUAUAUACCAGAAGAGGAUAACGUUAAAUCAAGUGCUCAGCUCUUCGAAAUCGAGACUUAA